UUAUAGAUAUAAUUAAAAACAAGUAGAAUUUUCACUAUUGUAUUUUUUAAAAUCUUUUAUAGAAAAAAUAAACUAAAUCCUAAAAAAUUUAUGACGAUUUAUGAAGUUUAUAUGAAAAAUAUCAAUUGUUUUUAAGAAGUAUAUGUCAAAAUGUCACUUAAAACAUGCAGCUUCCUAAUGGUAUUUUGCUGGCUUAGUGGAAUAUAUGCAGACCCAGUCGUAAAAACAUCGAAUGGAUAUGUCAGAGGGAAAUUCUUGCAAACACAUAUUAAUACGUCUUAUUACGCCUUUUGGAACAUGCCAUAUGGAAAACCGCCAAUAGGAAAAUUAAGAUUUCAGGCCCCGCAGCCUACUGAACCAUGGUCGGGCGUGAGAGAUGCUACCAAAGAAGGAAACUCUUGCGUUUAUAUGAACUACUUUUCCUACUAUCCAGAACCGGGACCUCAAGAUGAGGACUGUCUUUAUGUUAAUGUUUACACGCCCACAUUAAAUUCAUCUGUUAAGCUCCCAGUAAUGUUCUGGAUCUAUGGUGGUGGAUUUCGUGCUGGAAGCGGAAUAUUUAAAUUUUACGGCCCGCAAAACUUUAUGGAUGAAAAUGUUAUCUUAGUUACAUUUAACUAUCGACUUGGACCUCUUGGUUUUUUGUCUACGGGUGAUAAUAUAAUUUCUGGAAAUGCUGGUUUGAAAGACCAACUAUUGGCUUUAAAAUGGGUUCAAAAUAAUAUAGAGAACUUUGGUGGAGAUCCAGACAAAGUUACGAUUUUUGGAGAGAGUGCCGGAGGAAUGGCUGUUGGGUUACAUCUUGUUAGCAAAAAGUCUAAAGGACUCUUUCGAGGAGCAAUUUGUAUGAGCGGUUGCACCUUAAGUACAACUUUAUGUGAGAACCCUAAAGCAUUUAUUUAUAAUUACACUAAUUUAAUAAAUCCUAACAUCAGUAAAAGCAAUUCUACGAAUGAAAUAAAUGAAUUUUUGCUUACAGUACCCGUAAACACUUUAAUGAGUUAUGCUUUACAAGUUAACCAACACUACUUCAUUCCAGUAUUGGAAUUACAAUCUGAAGAAGCCUUUAUAUCAAAUCUACUAUAUGAUAUUGUCGCUACUGAAAACUUUAAUGGUGAAUCCUUACUUAUAGGAACAACAUCUGAAGAAUCUUUAACAUUUAUAAGCGAGAAACAGUUAACAACUACAGCAAUAUCUUAUGAUCAAAAUAGUUUACAGCUCUUGCCAACGCAAAUCGUACUCAAAAGCCAAUCGGAAUCCUUGAAUAGUGCUGAAUUUAUUAAAAAUAUAUAUCUUAAUGAUAGUGAAAUGUUUGAAAAUAACCUUGCAGUAUUCCUAAAAUAUUACAGUGACAAUAUAUUUGUAAGAGCCAGUUAUAAGCAAUCUGAGCUGCAGAGCCAAUACCAACCUAUCUACGUAUACAGAUUUUCCUUCUAUGGGACAAUCAGUCGAGUAAGGAAUUAUGUAGUAGAAGGAGCAGGCAAAGUAGGACAUUUUAGUGAGCUGCCUUAUUUAUUUAAUAUGACCCAAUACCCACUUGAAACUAAUGAAGAUGACCUAAUUCGCAAAAAGUUUACAAAGCUGUGGGCAAACUUUGCAAAAUACCUGAAUCCUACACCUGAAGAAUUCAAAUCUGAAUUAGAUAAUAUAGUUUUACCAAGAAGCACUCCAGAAAAUCUUUAUUUAUUGGAUAUAAACACAAAUCUGACUGUAGAAAUUAAUCCAGAGAGUAAAAUAAUGAGCAAAUGGAAUGAGUUUUGGGAAAAAUAUGUUCAGAAACCGUAUUUGACAUUUUAGACGAAACUUUAAAAAAAAAUAACAUUGGAAACAGAAUGUUUUUGGAAACGACUUUAUAUAUUAUUUAUAUUACGACUUUAUACUUUGUAUUUGAUGUUUUUGUCGUAUUAAACUACUUUUCCUGAA